UAAGAGGCUGCGGUGGUUGUGGGGCCCCGCCCCCUCCUCCCUCCUUGCAGAGUCGGCGCCCGAGGAGACGCACGCAGCUGACAUUGUCUUCUCCGCACGACUGUUACAGAGGUCUCCAGAGCCUUCUCUCUCCUGUGCAAAAUGGCAACUCUUAAGGAAAAACUCAUUGCACCAGUUGCGGAAGAAGAGGCAACAGUUCCAAACAAUAAGAUCACUGUAGUGGGUGUUGGACAAGUUGGUAUGGCGUGUGCUAUCAGCAUUCUGGGAAAGUCUCUGGCUGAUGAACUUGCUCUUGUGGAUGUUUUGGAAGAUAAGCUUAAAGGAGAAAUGAUGGAUCUGCAGCAUGGGAGCUUAUUUCUUCAGACCCCUAAAAUUGUGGCAGAUAAAGAUUAUUCUGUGACCGCCAAUUCUAAGAUUGUAGUGGUAACUGCAGGAGUCCGUCAGCAAGAAGGGGAGAGUCGGCUCAAUCUGGUGCAGAGAAAUGUUAAUGUCUUCAAAUUCAUUAUUCCUCAGAUCGUCAAGUACAGUCCUGAUUGCAUCAUAAUUGUGGUUUCCAACCCAGUGGACAUUCUUACGUAUGUUACCUGGAAACUAAGUGGAUUACCCAAACACCGCGUGAUUGGAAGUGGAUGUAAUCUGGAUUCUGCUAGAUUUCGCUACCUUAUGGCUGAAAAACUUGGCAUUCAUCCCAGCAGCUGCCAUGGAUGGAUUUUGGGGGAACAUGGCGACUCAAGUGUGGCUGUGUGGAGUGGCGUGAAUGUGGCAGGUGUUUCUCUCCAGGAAUUGAAUCCAGAAAUGGGAACUGACAAUGAUAGUGAAAAUUGGAAGGAAGUGCAUAAGAUGGUGGUUGAAAGUGCUUAUGAAGUCAUCAAGCUAAAAGGAUAUACCAACUGGGCUAUUGGAUUAAGUGUGGCUGAUCUUAUUGAAUCCAUGUUGAAAAAUCUAUCCAGGAUUCAUCCCGUGUCAACAAUGGUAAAGGUAAGACAAACUACCACAAAAUAUAAUAUGAUUUCUAGCAUUGUAUUCUACAAAAAGAUUCAUUUAAAGAGGCUCAGACCAGAUAAAAUCAUAGUUCAAAGUUAUUUCUGUCUCUCAAAGUUUUAUGUAAACUAUUCUUAUUUUCCAACAGAAGUCUUGGACAACAAGGGCAGAAAACUUACAGAAUCUAAGACAUUCAAUAGAUUGUUGUCAUUCUUUAUAUAAUUUUGCAAAUUAAAUAUUAACUGAAUCUUAGCACAUUCUUAAAGUAUUGAUCAUUUGAAUAAGUGUAAUAGAGUUUCAUUUAAAGUUGGUGUACUGAACUCUAGAUUGCCUUUCAUAUAGCACUUGAUACCUUAGCAAAUACAGUUCAAUUCAAAAGCUAUGGAGCAAAUGCACAAAACAGGUAGACAUUAAUGAUUUUUUAAACAAAACUAUAAUUAUAUUAAAAUAUUUUGUAAGACAACUGACUCAUUUUCCACAAGUCAGUGUAAAUCAAGUGUGUCAAUAAUUGGGUAAUUACUGAGUCUUUGGGUACAUACAUAGGAAUUUGUUUAUUCUAUCUACUUUUGUGUAUGUACAAAAUUUUUGAAAUUAAAUGUUUAAAAACUGACAUUAAGGUAUGUUUAACAUAAUUAGUUAUAUAGUUAAAUUGACCCCAUGAAUAAAUUACCCACACGAACUGUAAAGUGUUUUGGAAAUUGUUGUUUUUUUUUGUUUUUUUUUUGUUUUUUUGUAGCAAUUCUUGGGUAUUCCAAGCAUCUUGCCUUUUAAUGGUCUCUAACUAUUACCCAGGACCUCGUAGGUUGGCUACCACCUGAAAUUUCUUCCUAACUAAAAGUCUUUAAGCAACUUAAAAUUUCAUAGAAAGUAAUCCAUUAAGAACCACAAUUAAAAGCAAUUUAAUUUGAAGACUCAUAUAUCAAAAUUUAUUAAAGUGUAUUUAAAUAGAAGAGCAGUGUUCAAUAAAAUACAUAUAUAAUAAAAUUAAAUAAGUACUUGUUUCUUACAAAUAUCUAAUUUUAUCUUAGUGUAUGUUUGCAUAUUCUAUGUACAAAACCUAAUUCAAAACAUAAGUAUUGGGGAAAUGUGGACCUGUAAGUGAUGAAAAUUAGAUUGAGGAAUAAGUUCAUGCCUAUCAAGUUUGCUACAGUUCUUUCUGUUGAAACAUUGGACCUUUGAUUAUUCUCUUUUUUCCCCCCCUUUAGAGAUUAGUUCUUGCUCUGUCACCCAGGCUGGAGAGUAGUACCACUGUCAUAGCUCACUGAAGCUUCAAACUCCUGGGUUCAAACAGUCCUCCCACCUCAGCCUCCUGUCUUUGAUCAUUUUUACUUAGUUUCAUGUCUUAAUCUCAAUGCUUUGUUGUUCUGGCAGGGGAUGUAUGGCAUUGAGAAUGAAGUCUUCCUGAGCCUUCCGUGUAUCCUCAAUGCCCGGGGAUUAACCAG